AUGAGCCCACCCUUAUCCUCCGACUUACACACCAAGUACAACGUACGAUUAAUGCCGGUAAGAAAAGACGACGAUGUUCCGGUAGUACGAGGAACAUACAAGGGACGUGAGGGUAAAGUUGUCCAAGUUUAUCGCAAGAAAUGGGUGAUUCACAUUGAGUGUAUAACACAUGAGAAGGUUAAUGGAUCCACAGUUAAUGUUGGUAUUCACCCAUCUAAGACUGUUAUUACUAAGCUUAGAUAUGACGCCAGGCUUGAUAAGGACCGUAAAUCUUUGAUAGAUCGUAAGGCUAAUUGA